AUGGCUCCAAGUCCGUUCUUCGAUCUGAUGAAUGCCCUGACAGCGCUCGAUGUCGAUAAAUUCAAGUCAUUUAAUACCAUCACCACGCCAUACAAAAAACUAAAUGGAACCAAUCAGUCAAUCUCCACCGAUAUCUUUAUUCCCAGGUCUAUACUGCAGCAGCAACAACCCAGACAAUGCCCCAUUAUCGUGCGGAUCCACGGUGGAUUCCUGAUCACUGGUUCUAGCCAAUACGCACCUUGGUUCUCGAGCUGGACUUUCGAGUACGCUCUUGCAAGCCAGUCAAUCAUUGUCUCGCCAAACUACCGCCUUCUACCCGAAGCAUCAGGGCAAGAUAUUAUAGACGAUAUGGAGGACUUCUGGCGAUGGCUGCACAGCGAGCAGUUCAUGCAGUCUGUCGCCAAGGCUGCAGGCCAGUCGUACCUUGUACCGGAUCGUGACCGGCCUUCCUUCUCCAAGGUCGUACUGACACUCGCCAUCAGCCACCCGUCCGAGAUCCGCGCCGUCAUCGGCGCCUACCCCAUGCUCGACUUCAAGGUCCCCUUCUACACGGACAACUACCCCAAACCUAUCGUCGGGGUGCCCAACGUGCCAAACCGGGUUGUUGACGACCACCUUCUCAGUACCCGUGAAACCCCUGCGGUAAUCACCGCGGCCGACCCGCCCGAUAGACUACGGCUUGCGUUCGCGAUCGUUCAGAAUGGGCGGUUUCUGGAAUUCUUCGGCUCGCCUGACGAUUAUGGUCUCUUUCCAAUGGAGAGGAUUGAGCGUCUUGCCGCCGCGGGGAGACUGGAACUCCCACCUCUGUUUGUAUUCCACGGGGAGCAGGAUUCGGCUGUCCCCGUUGACGGUACCCGGCGUUUUGUUGCCUUACUGCGCCAACUCUCGCCUACGGCGCAGGUGGAUUCUAUACCCAGGAUGGAGACCAUGGUUCGUGCGAGAAAUACAUCUAAAGGUGCUCUGAUGGCUGUGAUUCUUGUCGUACGGGAUAGAUAUACUCCCGAGAUAUAUCUGCAAACUUCCGGGAGGCAAGCGGGAGAGAUCAACACCCGAGCGCGCCUUGAGCGCGGAGAUAUCGAAGCAGCAAGGACGUCAUUUGUCAUUGGAAUUUGUGACGGAAAAUCCGUCGCAGGAACGGAAUACCCGCAUUUUAGUCAUUCCGCUCAAGCAUUCCGCAGGGAGGAGGCGGAGGGUGUCAGACCCGUGUUCAGAAAUACCAUUUUAUCUGCUUAUGACCAUUGA